GAUUGGUGUAGACUCACGUCAAUCUUCUCCCGGACACCGGGGUUACUACAGGUCAGGUAGUGGCUCCAGGUGACGUUGACAGUUUUUAUUUGCUGUAAUUUGUUUUGGUUGUGAUUUUAAUAAAUUGGGCCUUUGUCACUAAAGCAAGUGAAAAUUACGACUCCCGGUGUGAAUUUCUACCAUUUGAUCGCCUUUGAAAUAUAGUUCAUGGACCAGCAAUGCAGAACGGGACAAAUUCUAAAACGCUACAAGAUUUCUCAGAAAUGUGGUAUGGAGUUUUCCAGUGGGCUUUGGUAUCCUCUCUUGUUGUCCAUAUACCAGCCAGCCUUUUGGCUCUGUAUACGCUCCGGCGUCACAAAUAUGCUCGGUUCAUUCCGGUAGCAGUUCUACUGAUGAGCAUCUUGGGACCAGUCUGUGGAGGAAUGCUUACCAGUGCUGCAAUUGCUGGAGUGUAUAAAGCUGCUGGCAAGGGAAUGGUUUAUUUGGAGGCAUUUAUUCUAGGAAUUGGACAAACAUUUUGUGUUGUGGUGAUUUCCUUCCUACGAGUCCUGGCAACAUUGUAGCAGACUGCCUUUUCAACACUGGAAGAAAUAAAACAACAGUUUCAAAGGAUAAAUAAAACCAGGCUGGUAUGGAGGCCAAUCCUUCUAAUAUGAGGCCUUGCAAUUUCACUAGGGGGCACCUUAUUUAGUUUGGGGUUCCUUUCUCUGCCAACAGGAUCUGUGAGGAUUUUUUUAUUUUUUUUUAUUUUGAGAAACAUUCAGGUAAAUUUUGCAUUAAUACAACCACUGUUCUUGUUCAACGUUUUACCUCACUUUUUUUUAUGAAAAGAAAGGACUUUGCAAGUCUGAAUACUAAUAAAGUAUCAGCCUUGAAUAGAAUAAUAAAUGUAUGAUGGGUAUGCUUCAAAUUUCUUUGCUGAUGAUUUCUUCAGCAUGGCACUGGGGAAAAAGAGAAUUUGCCAGUGUUUUCUGUGCCAUUAUGUUUAAGUAAUCUUGAGGGCAUGGGAUUUUGAAAUGGUCAGAUUGCUGUGGAGUUGCAGUUCAAUUCAAAAUGUUAAACCUCAUGUGCAAAUAAUGUGCUCUCCUCUAAGAACUUCUACUGGAGUCCAUAAUGUUUCAUUGUUAUUUUUUUGUUCAAGUUAACUUUGUUAUUGGUGGAAAGGACUAUGCAUAUCACCUUAAACCAAUACAAGAGCACAGGGAACACAGUGCUUUUGCUAUAGAUUAAUUGGUUUUUGUUUUUUUAAUAAAUUUAAGAAUAAGCUAA